AAAAAUCUUUGAAAAGUAAAUACAGGUACAGGAUACGUUUGAAUGUAUCAAAAUGAUUGAAAUAAGAUUAAGAUAAGCCAAUAUUAAUAUCUUUUACUAAGUAAAAAGUAAAAAAGAUUAUGUUUAACUUUUAUACAUUAGAUAAGUUUCUAAAUUUUUUACUUUUAUUUUUAUUUUUAAUAUAACGACAAGAACAGAGCAGUGUACAAAACAAAGUGCUAACCCUUUAGAUAAGUUUCUAAAUAUUCUUUUGAUUUUUUUGUUAUAAUAAAUUAUGAGAUCACGUGGAGCGACAAUUUUGCAGAAAAUACGUUAUACGGGGGUAUAUUGUUUGUAAGGUACAACACAUUUUUGAGUUCUAUCAAAAGAUCCAUAUUUUGUAAGACAUGUGACUUAACAUUACUCACAUACUCUACGUACUAAUCAACAGUAAUUUAUUUUGACUUUUUUUUUUAUUUUAACGAAAAUGAUUAUUGACAAAAAAACUCAAAAAUAUGACCGUCAACUUCGCUUGUGGCAGGCAAGUGGUCAGACAGCACUAGAGACUGCCAAAGUAUGCCUCAUUAAUGGUACAGCAACAGGCUGCGAAAUUCUAAAGGACUUGGUUUUGCCUGGUAUAGGAUCUUUCACUGUGGUAGACGGAAAAAUUGUUGAAGGCUCUGACGUUGGGAACACAUUUUUCUUGGUUUCUGACAGUAUAGGCACGAAUAGAGCUCAAGCGGUUACAGAGUUUUUGCAAGAGCUAAAUGAAGACGCAAAAGGGUUUCAUUUUUCUGAGGAUCCGGUUGCUCUAAUUGAAAAUCAACCAGAGUAUUUCUUGCAAUUUUCCAUUGUGAUCACUACGGAUCUUCCCGAAAAACCUUUACUCAAGUUAGCAGAUACUCUAUGGAAUGCAAAAAUUCCUCUUGUUAUUGUACGCACUAUUGGUUUUAUAGGAUAUUUUCGUAUCGUUUUACCAGAACAUACCGUUGUGGAGACGCACCCGGAAAACGUUAUUGAUCUACGAUUAGAUGUUCCUUUUCCAGCUCUUGAGCAGUAUGUGAAUACAUUUAAUUUUGAAACCUUAGAUAGUAUGGAUCAUGCGCAUGUUCCCUAUGUAGUAAUACUUUUGAAAUAUCUGAAACAAUGGAAACAAGACCACGAUGGCAAAUUACCUAGUACUUCUGCAGAAAGGAACGAAUUCAAACAGCUUGUUCAAAGUGGUAGACGCAAUGUUGAUGAGGAAAACUUUGAUGAAGCAUUGGCAAGUGUAUGGAAAGCUUGUGCAGCUACUAAGGUGCCUCAUCAUGUCGAGGAAAUCUUUAAGAAUUCGUCAUGUGAUAGCAUAACGAUCGAGUCAUCAAAUUUCUGGAUUAUUGCUCGAGCUGUUCGUGAUUUUGUAUCAAAUGAAGGUCUAGGUUUACUUCCGCUCGCUGGAAAUGUACCAGAUAUGAAGGCUGACACUUCUAAUUAUGUUGCAAUGCAAAACAUCUAUCGUCAGAAAGCUAAAGAGGACAUAUCUGCUGUUCGUACGCGUGUUCAUGAUAUCUUGAAUUCUAUUGGACGACCAGCUGAAUUCAUUUCCGACGACGAAAUAGAUAGUUUUUGCAAGCAUGCAUCCUUCAUUCAAGUUAUUCGAUACAGAUCACUACAGGAGGAAUACAUAACUGAACCGAAGAAACUCGAUAUCGGUCGAUGGUUACAAGAUCCUCAAGCAAAUAUUGUUCAUUAUGUUCUUAUUCGAGCAAUGGAUCGAUUUUAUGAAUCUCACAAUCGUUAUCCUGAUGCCGCAACUUAUUUCCUUGAAGAUGAUACCGAAGAAGUAAGCGAGGAAGCAAAAAACGAAUUUAAUACUUUAAAAACUUACGUUGAUAAUUUAUUGAGAGAGUGGGAAAUAACAAAUUAUCCAGAACAUUUAGAUAAUCAUAUUCAUGAAAUUUGCCGAGCUGGAAGUUCAGAAUUGGCAAAUAUUGCUUCUUUACUUGGGGGCAUGGUAUCACAAGAAGUCAUCAAACUCGUCACUAAACAAUAUAUUCCUAUGAAUAACACAGUAAUUUUUGAUGGUGUAAGGUCAACUUCUUCUUCAUAUAUAUUAUAAAAAUUUUGUAAGAACCUUAAGUGUGGGAUACGUAAAUUAAUGAUGGGUUAAUAAUAAAUAACAAAACAAAAUCAUUAAUGCACUUGAUUUAAAAUAUUUCAA